UGUAGAAACAGCUCAGCAUUUUAUGGGUUAAGUGUAGUUAAAUUCCCUUCAUAAAAUCUCUACACUAAAAAUGGUUUAUCUUACUUACUUAGAGUCAAGUUGGCAAUGAAAGCUUUACUUGUAGUGUUCGCUUCAUGUUUGUUAUCUGUUUCAUUGAGAACUUCAGAACUUGUCUUAGUUGUAGAGCCAGGCGUCAUAAUUCCUGGAGAAACAGCACAACUAGUGAUCAACUGUUCUAUGAAAAACCAUGACGCUGAAGGACAUGUCUACAGUUCUUUAUCUCUAUACCGUUAUAAUAAUACAAAUAAAGGAUAUGAUCUUCUUCUCGCAAUGGAGACAAAAAACUUCAAUACUAGUAAAUUCGUAGAACUUGAAGAUGUACACAUCUCUUCGGGGAAAUUCUUUGCAGCUUUGAUCAAAAAGAUUCCUACUCAGUCUGACGCACAAGUGUACAAGUGUCUUGUUGUUGGAGAAACAUUUAUUAUUUCGGAAAAAAAGGUCGUAAAAUACAAUGCAAUGAUAAAGCUUAAUAAAACAAAUCUAGGAAAUGCAGACCUUGUUAUGGAUGUCAAGCCAAGCAUCAUUAAUUUCGGAUUCACCCCUCAACUUGUGGUCAAUUGUUCUUUAACAAUAAACACAGUCUUGGAACGUGUGUACAGUACUAUAUCCCUAUACCGUUAUAAUGUCACACAGAAAGAAUUCGAUCUACUACUUACAAUGGAUACAAAGACAAUGAAUGUAAAACAAACUGUGGAACAUAAAGAUGUACACAUCUCUUCAGGAAGUAUGUUUGCAGCCUUGAUCAAAGUGAACCCUACCCAGUCUGACGCACAAGUGUACAAGUGUCUUGUAGGUGGAGAAGGAUUCAUAUUUUUGGAAAAGAAGCUUGCGAAGUAUUUUCCAACAAUAAAGCUUAAUAAAACUCAGCACAUGAAUAAAAGUACAAAAGAUACAUUAUUCAAUGAUAAAAGUAAGCGCAAUAUAAUACCCUUUUGUUUUACAUGGAAACAAAGCUCAUCUAAGGGAAAUAACUCUACAUUUACAACUAUAUCUAUCAAUCAUGUACAAACGAUUUUCCUUAUUCGAUAUCAAACCAAUAGUUAAUUAUCAAUAAAUGGGAAGCGUGGCCGAGAGGCUAAGUACGGUUGAACGUGGUUUGGCUUGGCUACCUAUGAAGGGGGGCUCGAGGUUCAACACCCGACACGGGCAGAGUUGUGUUUACUGAGCGCCUAAAGGCAGCAUGGAAAACCUCCCAGAUACACCCUCCCACCACUGAUCCACAAAUUAGAUUGAACCAUAGUGCUUUGAGCAUUCUAAAAGCAUGAAAGUCUCGCCUUAUAAAAGCUAUUAAUUAAUUACAUGACAAUAGUUGCGGAAAAGGAAUGGCGGUUGGUCGUUGUGCCGACCACAUGACACCCUCGUUAACGUUGGGCCACAGAAGCUGAUAAACUUUCCUUCAUUUAUCCUAUUGAUAGCAAAGUCUGAAAUAUCAAUUUUAAUUUUUUUUUUUUACUUCAUUGACUAAGUGGUUAAUUUUUAACUGAUUCAUGUUUUGUUAAAUACAAUAAAUAAUAAUACAAAGUUCAACUUGAUCUGAGAAUGAGUGUGUGUGGGGAUAACGAGUAUAACUAUCUAAGGGACCAAACCCUACAUAUUUAGUCCUAUCUGUGAAUACUAAAGAAUUAAUUUCCAUUGUUGGUAAAACACACAAAAAAAUAAUUUUAAAUAAUUAAUUGACUAAUUUAAUAAUUUUUGUUUAUUGAUUCAUGCAGUGGCGUAGCUAGGGUGGGGGGGGAGAGGAGGGGGAAGAACUUGAAAAUCCCCCCGGGCCCUUACUUGAUUGGGGCCCUCAAAUGAGUCUUUUUUAUAUAAAAUAUUAAAUAUUAACCAAAAUGCUGGGGGCCCUAAAGAGAUCAAGCCCCCCCUGGUCCCCCAAAUAAUGGAAAUUUCCUAGCUACGCCCCUGGAUUCAUGUCGUAUCUUGUCUAUGCUAAUAAAUAAUUGUGCAAAGUUUUUUUUCAAGAAAGGGAGUGAAAAAAAUGACGUGUACAAACUUUGUACCCGAUAGAGUGAGUUGAUAUGAGCUCUGUGACAAGUGUUAUUCGUAAUCAAUCCACGCUAAAAUAAUAUAUUAAGUAAAUAUCCCACUUCUGUUUGUCAUUAGAAAAUGAAAACGAGUAAUGAGACUAUAGAACCCACGACAUUCGCGCUAUGAGUGUGACGCUCUAUCAUAACUAAGCUAACAAGUCAAACUAAUAUGUGUGAGAUUUUAUCGUGAGCCUUUUUUAACAAAACACGACAGACCCACACUCACAUUAACUAAUAUGGUGGGAAGCGUGGUCGGGAGGCGCUUGAACUUGGCUUGGCUUGGCUACCUAGAAGGGGGCUCGAGGUUCGACACCCGACUCGGGCCUUAAGGCAGCACGGAAAUCCAACUCCUAGAUACCCCUUUCCUCCCACUGGUCCACAAAUAAGAUUGGACCAAAAGCGCUCUGAGCAUGCUACAAGCAUGAAAGUAGCGCUAUAUAAAAGCUAUAAUAAUAAUAUUGUAAUGCAGUUCAUCGGUCUUCACCGUGCAUUUCUUAACUUUACCGAAGAACUUUUUUUCGAAUCAUUCCAUUGAUGCAGUUCUAUUUUCAGGUAAUUUGAGUGCUCAUUAUAUGCACUAAUACAAGUUCUUUUAUUUGUUUAUGUUUCCCUAUAUAUUAGUAGAUAUGUUUUAUAUAUGUUAUAUAUUACAUUCUUAUAGAGCUAACCAGUGUUUUACUAAAAAUGUGUUCCGAGGAACCCGCGUGGCCUGAAUAGUUGUUCCACGAACUACACUGGAAUAAUUAGCUAGUAGGUCACCACGUGAAUAAAUCUCUCUAAAAAAAUAAGCAAAGUGUUCCGAUAAAUAUUCCGAAUGGUCGAAAUGUUCCAAUAAGGAAAAAGGGUGGGUAACUUCUAUACUAUCAUUGGUAAUAAAUAGGAAAUAAAGAGAAUGGGAUUUUUAUUCUACAACCCCCAUCCCCUUUUCAACAAACAAAAGGAUAAUCAAAUACGGCGACAGAUUUUAUGUAAUUCUCUAGGUCAGGGCAUCUCAACCUGUGGGUCGCGACCCCCUUGGGGGUCGAUUGACGAUUUGCCAGGGGUCGCCAGAGACCAUCGAAAAAAUGAAUAGUUUUGUCUAUUCUUCUAUUGCUGUGUGUCUGAGGGGGGGGGGGGUCACGGCAGAGUGUGGGAUUGUAAAAAGGGGUCACCGAACUUAAAAGGUUAAGAACCACUGCUCUGGGUCCUUCAAUGUUUAUUCUCUGGCAUAAAUUAGUCGCAGUUAUCCUAUCUUAUCUUAUUAUAAAAAUUAUUUAAAGAAAAACUUUGCGGUAUUCUUUGGAGCAAUGCUAAAUAAAAUGAGGCGAAGCUUGUGUCAUGGCAUCUACAUCAAGUUCCGCGCCGAUGGCAGCAUAUUUAACAUAGGGCGCUUGCUCUCCUGUACUACAAUUGAAGAUACGAUUGCUGUUUAAAUAGACCUGCCCCCAGCGGACUACGAAUUUAUCAGAAUCAGUUGUGGAAAAAUAUGAAGGUCGCAACUUGGUUUGAAUAGUUAAUGUUGAAACACUUCACUCUUGGGAAUCGUAAGGUCAAGAGGACAACAUAUUCAUUGUCGGAUUUCAAAGUGCUUAUAUCUGUGGCCGUUGCACAGAGAGUGACGCUUCUAAGACAUCCUCUAAGAAAGAACCGGAUCUAGCUAUUGAAUUGUUCCUUUCGUCAAACACUACUGCUCAGUUUUAGCUUGAAACGUCGAUCUUAACAACAAAAAAUACAAGAAUACAAAGAGUGUUUGUGUUAUCACCUUAACUCAGAGGCGGCCCCCAGCUGAACAGAGAAUGUAAUAUUUAAACCAUAGUUGUGUUUUGAUUGUUGUUACGAAGUGUGUGUGUUUCCUAGGUGACGGUAAAGAGAGGUUAGGCGAUUGGUUUUUCGCCGAGGAAGUGCAGAAUGAUGAAAACACAAAAGGGUUUGGCGAAAUUCAAAUGAUAGUAGAUGGGAGACUGACGAGAGACGCCAGAAAGUAAGGACGUGUUUUUGUUGUUGGUUAGAUUUUGUUUAAAUAUUGUUUCAUUUUAUGACUGUUAGAUCUCUAAUUUUAAUUUAUAUUAUAUUCAUACGUUACCACUGACUAAUCUAUUGAUCAAGAGGUCUCUUAAACUGUCGUACAGAUUCGCUUGAGAUUUUUAGAUAUGUUCCUUUUACCUCCUAGACACGGUUUUCAGAGAUUUGCGACCUGAACUCCGCAAUUUCCAAAAGGCCGCAUUCUAAUAUAAUGUAUAAAAAAUAAGGAUUCUUGUAUUUAAAAAUAAAAUUGCUUUAAUAAAAAAAAUAUUACAAUUAGCUUGGAAAUAGAAGAUAGAUUUAGUGUUUUUUAGCAAACCCCGAAAAGGUAAUGGCCACUAUUAGUUUUAUGUGGUCUGUGUGUCCGUCCAUAAUAAUAAUAACACUUUGUCUUCGCGUCUAUAGAUUAUAAUACAGUGCAAUAGUUCAUAUGACAAUUCGUGUCAGACCUACACGUUAAGGAUAGGUAUAAUAAAUUAUUUUAACAAGGGAGGCAGCUAAGUAAAGCUUAGAGCGAAUAGGUUAUCUUUGGUUAUUUCCCAUCUCCGACACGGAUUUUCACAAGAAAUACAAGAACCUGAUAUAGUUAUUCUAACUGGAGAGUAAGUGGAGAGAAUAGGAUAUCAUUUAUUAUACAAUAUACAUUCGCAUUUGUCGUGGAUAAAUACGCUGAUUAUAUCCAUAUAUGUAUUUUAAAAGAUAAGGUUUCGGAGAAUUUAGUUAUUAAGAAUGAUUUUUUUUUAACCUCUCAUUGUAAUUUUAAAUAAAUUCCGUUAAUUACCGUAUGUCAGACAAUCUUCCGGGGCCCAAAAAUAUAGUAUUAUAAUGGAAGCUUUAGAAGUAUAGUUUAUUGUGUACAAGUUAACCUCUUUAACUUUAUUUAUAAGGUUAAGGUCAUUAACUUAAUUGACUAAUCUCUAUUGCAUCAUAUAAUUGUAUUUGGUUCAAAAAAAUGGAGCAAAAAAAAACGUUUAAUCCUCCUCCUUGAUAUGUUGCAUCUCCGUGUUUGUAACCAGAAUUUGCAAAAUUGUAGAGAAAGAGUAGCUGAGGAUCUCGAAACUCUACGCCAUCAAAAGAAAAAGCAAAUCUAAGUCCUGCCGAUAUGACUGAACAAUUUUUCUGUUUUUGAGUGGUCCAAGCUGAUGUCUAUGUAUCUAAUCUAAACUUCAAUUCGAAACUCAGAAGGACUAGGCCAAAGGGCGUGUACACCGAGGACCCCAUCACUUUUCCACACUAAGGCGCGGUGGCUGAGCGGUAAAGCGCUUGACUUCCCAACCUGGGACCGGGGUUCGAAACCUGGUGAAGACUGGGAUUUUUAAUUUCGUCUUCGGGCGCCUCUGAGUCCACCCAGCUCUAAUGGGUACCUUACAUUAGUUAGGGCGGUAAAGGCGGUUGGUCGUUGUGCUGGCCACAUGACACCCUUGUUAACCGUAGGCCACAAAAACAGAUGACCUUUACAUCAUCUGCCCUAUAGACCACAAGGUCUGAAAGGGGGAACUUUUUUUUUUAUACCACACUAAUAGUGCGGGGCUUGCCAUUGAGGAACCUAGUGAAAACUGUUGUUGCAACACUUUCACUAAUUAUACCUUGUUGAUGUCUAAGAGCUGAGCCGAAGGCUCUUCGAGCUCUAAGUUUGAAAAAAAACCUGUUUGGACGCCAAACAGUAAAAAAAAAAAAACCCUGUGUGAACACACAGUUCUGUUUGGGAGAGACCCUAGACAAUGCCUAUGUGAGGCAUUGCUGUUGACCGAUGCGUUCGGCCCCCGACACGUGGACUAGAGACACGGCCGAAGGCCGAGAAUGCACCGGGGACUUCUGCCAUUUUCCUUCAAUGUACCAAGCUAACUGUGCGGGGUCCGCCAUUUAUGUAACGGUCCCUUUGAGGAACAGCGCAUGGAUUGGUGACGUGUUUGUGGGGACUUUAUUACAACCCCGCCCGUGCAAUGGGUGGACUCUCGUCUACCCGUGGGCAUCCCCACGGUAGUCUUGUGUUGCUACCCAUUUAGCCUAGCCAAUUCCUCAAAUGGCCGUUUCCACGCGGGCGCCACGAUGAGGCAGGGCAACGUGCCCGCGCUAAUUAUACCUGACACGUGCAAUGAACAUAGUUGUUACGUGCGCAUCUUAGUGUACAUGUGAAAUGGUGCGAAUGCGUGUUGAAAGGAGAGUGGAACCAAAAUGGAGGAAUAUGAACAAGAAAGUGU